AUGAUUUAAAUAAAAAUUUUCAAGAUGAAAUUUCUCAAAAUAUAAAUUUCCAAAGUGAAAAUUCUCAAAGUAAAAAUUCUCUAGAACCUAUUUUAAAAAAAUUAGCUGGCUGGCCAACUACAGGAGUUUGGACUUUUUUUAAUAAAGGUGUUUCUGUAAAAGGGUAUUGUUCGGGACAGUGCAAA